AUGCUCGUCCAUUGCAGAUUCGACGCGCUGUCAAUCAGCGAGACAAACAGAACUCAGAUAUUGCGAAACAUCUGCGAUUUGGCUAAAGAAUAUGAUGAGGCAGUCGUGCCUGUUGUGCGGUGGUUGGACCAAGCCGAGAGGCAGUUGCAGAAAUUGGAAUACGUUGCCGCGUCGGAAGAGAGAUUAAUCGAACAGAUCAACCUGCAAAAGGUAGUCGAGAUGUUGUCGCCUCGCGCGUGUAAAAUGGAAUUGCACGAGGAAAUUCGGCAGCACAGAGAACAAGUAGACGAGUUCGUCGACACGGCACAACGUCUAGUCGAUUCUCUGCAGUCGGAAGAUGCCGAAGCUCUCAGUGAGCAAGUGACAGCUGUGACAAGGCGUUACGAUGCGCUCGGCAGCAGUUCCCUGACCUUUGCCCGUCUGCUGGACGAAAUGCUUACUGGCAUUACAGCUUUUUUCAAGAAAACAGAAGAAGUCGUCGAUUGGAUCGACAAAAUGGAGGAAGCAAUGUCAAAUGAGCGCCCUAUCGGCAUCUACAUGGACGUGCUUGAAAAUCAGAUAAAAAACACGAUGGCGAUUGGCGAAGAAAUCAGCUGUCAUCAGGCGAAAGUAUCUGAAAUUGUCGCAGAGGGCCGCGAGCUAUGUAAACACACGUCCGGUGAUGAAGCUGUAGCCCUGCAGUCGAAGCUGGAGUCAGUGCGCUUGCGUGACUUGUCGCAUCUGGAUGAGGCGUCGAUCGAGAAUCAGCAAGAUCUCAUAAAGAAUAUCGAAGAGGACAUCGUCGCAUUCCGAGAGGUGUUCGAUCAGUUCAACUCAUCGGGCACUCGUUUACGACAGCUGACCUCUGAUGAAAACAUAGCGGUGAUCGAAGCCACCACCGCUCGUCUGAACAGACGUUUCGAGGCGGUAUGCGAGCAGGCGCAGCGAAGAGCUGAGCGGUUGCUGAUUAUCAGACAAGAAUCGACCGACGUGUUGGGCGACAUGGACGAUUUGGCGAUUUGGUUCCAGAACAUUGAAGCCGAGUUGGAUAAACUCGGUUGUGUCACCUGCGACCCUACCGUCAACCAGAAAUUACUCGACCAAUGCAGUGCUGUGGACAAAGAGGUGCGGCUUCACCGCGGACAUGCCAAGGAGCUCGUCGCUUCCGGAAGACGACUGGUUAAACAGCUGAUGGGAGACGAUAAGCAGUCGGUGCUGGAGAAGAUCGAGGUGCUCAGGGUCUUGUCGAACAGCGUCAGUGAGCUAAGCUGCGAACGAUUGAAAACGUGCGAAGAAGCAACGUCCCUAUCCGUCUAUUUCGAAAACACAUGCAAAGAGCUGGACGAGUGGUUCGCUAUUAUGGACGACGAAUUUGACAGCGCUCUUGAGAUCCUUCCCACUACUCAGAUGGACCAGCUGAACAGGCAGUUGCAGCAUAACAAGGAACUGCAACGUGAUGUGGCGGAUGCCCGGGAGGCUAUCGAUAAGCUGGUGAAGACCGGCGUGAGUUUGUCUGGUCUUUGUGGACCUGAAGACCAGGCUCGUAUAUCGGACAUUCUGGAGCAGGCUAACCUGCGUUUUGACCUGAUCAAGGAGAACAUCCGUCUGCGCAGUCAGACGAUAGAUGAGGCGAUACAGCAGUCGGCGCAAUUUUCUGACAAGCUGGAUGGUAUGCUGAACUCACUGUCGGUGACCGCCGAGCAGAUCCGCAAGGUGGAGCCGAUAGCCGCACAUCCGGAUCGCAUCCGAACUCAGAUCGAGGACAACUGCGCGCUCAUGGAGGAGCUGGAGCACAAGAACGCGGCAUACGAGGCGUUGAAGUACGCCGCCAAUGAUAUCAUGACCAAGGCGAACGCCGACGAUCCGGCCGUGGCUGACAUCCAUAAGAAGAUGGAGCUACUGGAGAUGCUGUGGAACGAAAUUCUUGCUGGCACCGAGUCACGCGGCAUGUCGUUGGCCGAGACGCUGUCGAUCGCCGAGUGCUUCUGGGAGGAGCUGCAAAAAUGUGUGGCUGCGCUGUCCGACCUGAAGACUAAGAUCGAACGGUCAGACCGUCCGACGUGUGAACCGGAUUCGAUCAAAGACCAGCAAAGCGAGCUGGAGACGAAAGCCUUGAAAUGGAUCGGUGAGGCGGAAAUCAAGCUGGAGUCGUCGCCGACUUCAUUUUCUGACUUGUUAGAGCUUCAGAAGCAGAUCGACGAUCUGGUCGAGUUCAAAGAAGACCUGGACAAGCAUGCGGUGAAACUGGAACAGUUGAACCAGCAGGCGGCGACUUUGACCGACGGCUGCAGUCCUGAUCAAUGUUUGACCGUUCAACGGACGCUACUUGACAUUAAUAAGCGUUGGGACAAUCUGUCACGCGGCAUCCUCGAACGCCAACAUGUGUUAGAGAAGUCUUUAUUGCAGAUGGGUCACUUUGAAGAGGCGCUCGACCAGUUGUUAGAGUGGAUGACGAAGACUGAGAACGCCAUCGAAGAAGUUCGACCUUUUCCCGGUGAUCUGAAGCAAACCGAGAUUGAGAUCGCUAAACUGAAGGUGAUUCAAAACGACGUUCUUUCGCAUCAAGUAAACAUCGACACCCUGAACGAUGCCAGAACAAAGAUGACAACAGCCAAUGCAUCGCAAGAUGUUCUAGAAAAGCUGAAUAACCUGAACAGUCGAUGGGACGGCCUCCACCAACUGCUUUCGAGCAAAAUGGACCUAUUGAGAAACUGUAAGGCGGAAGCUGAAGCGAUGAUUUAUGACGAAACUGAGGCAAAUAAGGUAAAGAUCGAAGAGCUGCUGAACGCUGAACAUGAUGAUGCGGAAGGGGAACAAGUGAAACUUUCGUCGCUGAACGUCAAAAGCUUGAAGCAGCGUUGGGAUGGUUUGCUAAACAAAGUUUACGACAGAAAGACCAAACUGGAACUUGCUCUUCAAGAGGCGGUAGAGUUCGACGAGUUAAUAAGUCACUUCACUGAGUGGCUGCAGAAAGCGGAAAACUACCUCAACGAUUUGGUGCCGGUUUCCCGUCUGAUAGAUCCGCUGUCAGCUCAGAUGGACGAACAUCAGAUAUUUCAAAAUGAGGUGGAGUUAGAACGAGAAAUCGCCUCUGACCUCGACAAGAAAGGCACGAAACUUAAGUACACGUGUCAGAAACAAGAUGUUACUAUUAUCAAGAAUUCACUCGCAUCGGCGAAGACGCGGUGGAAUAAGGUUCUGGCGCGAUCUGCUGAUCGCACGAAACUGUUGGAAAGCAGCUACAAGGAAACGUCGGAAUUCUUGACACUCUGGAAAGUCCUUUGCAAUUGGUGCGAGGAAAGUAUUCGUUGGCUGAACGAGCAGGCUUCCGCUUCAUUGCCCAGCAAUGCCCAGAAAAUCAAAGAGCAUCUGGACAAGCAUAAGGUGUGUUUGAAAACAAGUACAUUUCCAAUUUACUUGUUAUUUAAAUUUUAUUCGGUAUCGUAUUCAGAGAAUGCCGUUUCUUAGAA